AUACACCAAUCACCUGCCUGCCACACAGAGGCCAUGUUGUAACUUCACCCGGACUCCGUCCAAGUUUCCUCAGCCAGCCUGAGGCGACCAGGAGCCGGGAUUCCCUCCUGAGUGUACAAGCGGCGAUUUGUUACGACUUCGUGCGCCUCGACUCGACAAAAUGAACGCGAGCCUCUUCCUGGUCGCUGUGCGGAGGGGAUGUAUGCAGACCUUCAGACGACCCCAGCUCGUCCCGCCUGCUGCCUCUUCGAUGGUCCAGUUCUGCCUGCAGUCCACCAAGCCUGUCGCUGCUGCACGGCUGCCCUACAGAGUCAAGGUGUCUGCUGGGAAACGUUACGCCUGGUGUGCCUGUGGACACAGCAAGAAACAGCCUUUCUGCGAUGGAGCUCACAAGGCAAAAGCUCCAAGUAUCGCUCCUCUACGCUUCACCCCUGAGAAAGACACGACGGUCAUGCUGUGUGCCUGUAAGACAACCAAAAACGCACCGUACUGUGAUGGCACACACUUUAAAGUCAUCUUCCAGGAUAUAGUGAAGUCAGUGAAAGGCGUCUUUAAGUGAACAGCAUUCAAGAUGUCUGCACUGGGAGGCCAAGGAGCAAUAACUGUAAUCUAAACAAAUGUAAUUUAAUGGUGUAUCUGGGUAAGCAUAAAGCCUAACACACCCUCCGCCAUUCACCUGUGGCACUGCUGCUUUUGCUGAUAAGACUGUAGAUGCAAUUGAGAACAACUGUGAGACCUGGUCAUUUAGGGUUAUCAGUGAUCUGCAAAUUCACACAUUACAGUAACUGCUUUCCUUUGAUAAAAUCAUUUCCUACAUCAUUUAUUCUCUUCACACUUGUCAGACUGAUAUUUUGGUUGAUUAAAUGUUUGUUUUUUUAAGUAUAUAUGAUUUUGUAACACAUGUUCCUAUAUGAAUGCAUAAACCAUUAAAAUAUGCUUGAAAAACA